AUGUGGAGAGCACUCCUGGUACCUGCACUUGCUGCCAGGUCGGCAUUUUCGCAGGGUGUUUCAGCGCCCGGAGCGGAUGGCAAGUAUACCAUAUCAGCGCCUGGUAUCAAGGCUCAGUUCAUUCCAUACGGUGCUACUCUCACGAAUCUUUUUGUCAAGGACAAGUCGGGCAAAGAUGUCGAUGUGGUUUUAGGCUACGAUGUUCUGGACUACUAUGCGAAGGACCCGGGACAUCCCGUAUACAAUUCCAUUCCCGGACGAUACGUCAACCGGAUUGGCCACGGUCAAUAUUCGAUCGACAACGUUACUUACCAUACUGAGCUCAACGAUGGAAAUAACACCUUGCACAGUGGAACGAACAACUGGUCAUACAGAACAUGGAGCGUGACGCAAGCUUCUGAGACAUCGAUCACCUUCUCCAUCUCAGACCCCUCGAAUUCCUCGCUCAAUCUGCUUGGCCGUGUCGACGCCUCGGUGACAUACAGCGUCAGCAACAGCACAUGGAACAUCAAGAUGGAGGCUGUAUCACCCGACAGGAAGACGCCCCUCAUGCUGACGCAGCACACCUACUUCAACCUCGACGCCUACAGAAACCCCGACACAGACAAGAUCUGGAACCACACGCUCUACCUGCCCUACUCGGGGCGCUACCUGGUGGCAGACCAGGGUGCUCUGCCCACGGGGCAGAUCCGCGCGGCGCUGGCCGGGAGCAUCAACGACUUCGCGAGCCAGCCUGACCUGCCCCUGGGCCACGCGACGGGCCAGCCUGGCUUCGGCGGGAACUGUGGCGCCGACGGGGCAUGCGAGGGCUACAACGGCUACUGGAUCAUCGACGGUGCGCCGCAGACCGACGUCGUCGCGACGCUCGCAAGCCCGUUCUCGGGCAUCAGGGCGGAUCUGAGGACGGACCAGGCGGGACUCGUCAUAUAUUCGUGCAAUUGGUUUGACGGGACUGCUGCCCUCAAGAAGACGCAGGGGCUAAGCGACAGACAUACCGUCUCGCGAAGCUCCUGCGUCGCGAUCGAGGCGCAGGACUGGGUGGAUGGAAUCAACCAUCCUGCUUGGAAUCGUGUUAAUGCUCAGAUUACUGGCCCUGGGAAAACAUACUCUUGGGAGAGUUCAUGGACUUUUAGCAUUGUCUAG